AUGAAGCAGCUCUUUUUGGGUCCAGUGAGCCACUGUACAGCCAUGGCAAUGAACUUGUUGCCACGCUGCGCCUCUGUCCACCACCAGUCUGGAGACGUCGUGCGGAGUUAUUUGCACACCACUGCGCUCUCGGCAGAAUUACUUCGUGGUCCGGGUGGAAGAUCCAAAUUUGUAUCACAGGAGGCCUGCAAAGCACUAGUGGAGGCUGAGAGUGUUUGCAAGGGCUUUCUUCCACAAGUUCUCCGUGGAUCUGCCUUAGUCUCGAAAAUCCUUGACCUUCUUGUUGAAUCUUUCAGAGAUGCAGCUUCUGGCAGCAACUCCUUCAGGGCACUGGAGACGCCCCUUCUCACCUUUCACAACAAAGCACCGCUGAAUAUGCGAAAGGCUCUUCAAGGGAGGAUUGUUAGCGCUGCUGGGAAGUUGCUCAGCUCACCGCCGGAAACUUAUCCACUUGGUAUUUCGCUAACGGCUUUGGCUGCGGCAGUGCGAGGGCCAGGGGAUGUGUCGAGAUGGAAGCCGCCUGAAGUGCUCCAGAUCCAAUCAGAGAGCCGAUGGAAAAUGCCUGCAGACGUUCGCUCACAGGUGUUGGAACGUGACGGGGAGAGAUGUUGGUACUGUGGCGAAAAACACACCGAUGGAACAAACACUUUAACAGUGGAUCAUUGGAUCCCUCUUUGCAGAGGCGGUACAAAUGCGAUGGUAAACCUUGUUUGUGCUUGCAGUAGCUGCAACGAGUUGAAGGGCAACUAUAUGCCCGAUGAUUUUGCAGCCGCAACGGGUUCAUUUUGA